GUCCACCUCACUUUUCUCCGGGUGUUGUCCGCCUCCCCGGCACACACACUCACGGCGGCUUCCAUCUCUCCGUGCGCUCUGCUUCAUUGUACUGACGGUGCUCAUCAAUUAGGCAGGAAUUAAGCCGUUUGCGGCGUAAUAGUGGUCUUUGGGCACUUCGAGGAGGAUUAUCAACCGUGGACGGGGGCGCACGGAAGUUUGGGGUUCGGAAAAGCGGGCAGAAGCGGAGCACAGAUAUGCCCUCAGUGAUGGAGCGCUCGGGGACUGGGGUCCUGUCCAGGAGCAGAGCCAAGACCGUAACCAACGGCAACAGUCAACCACACUCUGAAGAGGAGAGCAGUGAUGAGGAGCAUGCUCAUGACAGCAUGAUCAGAGUGGGAGGAGACUACCAGGCUCAGAUCCCAGAGUUCAAACCAGACAGUCCGUCCCGCCACACAGAGAAGGACCAGAGAAGCAUGUUGGUCUGGUGUCCCAACAUCCAGCUGUCAGACACAAUGUUAGAUGAAUACAUCCUGAUGGCCAAAGAAAAACAUGGAUACAACAUGGAGCAGGCUCUGGGCAUGUUGUUGUGGCACAAACAUGAUGUGGAGCGCUCGCUGGCUGACCUCGCUAACUUCACCCCCUUCCCAGAUGAGUGGACAGUUGAGGAUAAAGUGCUGUUUGAACAGGCCUUCAGCUUUCAUGGCAAGAGCUUCCACCGCAUCCAGCAGAUGCUUCCAGACAAGCUAAUCUCCAGUCUAGUGAAGUACUAUUAUAGCUGGAAGAAGACCAGGACCAGGACCUCUGUCAUGGACCGACAGGCCAGGAGGUUGAUCAACAAGAGAGAGAAAGAUGACAGUAAUGAUGACUUGGAGGAAGGAGACCCCGGCAGUGAUAGUGACUUUGAGAUUGAUGCCAAAAAGGAGGCAGUGAAACAGAACCCCAGCAGCACCAGCUCUGACAAGGCCACCCCCAGUCGCGCCGGGCCAGUGAAGAAGGAGAGCAUCGGGGCUCAGUACCGCCACCAUCCACUCAGAGCUCGCCGCAGGCCCCCCAAAGGCAUGCACCUGGACCAGGGGGACAUCACCUCCCUGUCUGCCUCCCAUGAUGCUGGGGUGCUAACUGUACGACAGCUGGAUACGCAGCUGGUUUCACUCAAGAGACAGGUCCAGUCAAUUAAACAGAAUAACAGCAGCUUGAAACAGAGCCUAAAUGAAGGGAUUGAUCAUUUCAGACCCGCUGAGCCUGCCCCUAAGAUGAACUCUCGUUGGACCACGGAGGAGCAGCUCCUGGCCGUACAGGCAAUCCGUCGUUAUGGUAAAGACUUCUCAGCAAUUGCAGAGGUGAUAGGGACAAAGACGCCGGCCCAGGUGAGUUCAUUCUUCGUGAGCUAUCGGCGCAGGUUUAACCUGGACGAGGUUCUGAGAGAGUGGGCAGCCGAGCAGGUGGCUACCAGCCGAGAGCAGAGAGACCCCAGGAAGAGUGGCGAGGAGAUGGCAGCAGCUACGGAUGGAGCCGCCGAGGAGGAUGAGGUCAAAAUGGAGAACUCUCCUUCAGACGCCACCAGCAGCGCAUCUCCCACCUCCACCCACACCCACUCCUCCAUCUCACAGCCUCCCCCUCUGCUGCGCCCCGCACCUCCCUCUGCUCCUCCCAGUCUCCUCCGUCAGCCCCCUCCACUGCAGACUCGCCCACUCCAGAACCGAGCGCCACAUAACCACCCUCCACCUCCACUCAUCCGGCCCGCAGUGACCGCCUCCUCUACCGGGAGCUCGGGCCUCAGGGCUUCUCCUCCCAGCUCCUCCUCCUCUGCUGCAGGGCAGAUGCCUCCAUCGCUGGUCGGGCUCAAAGUGGAACCAACCAGCUCACACUGAUAUAUAUAUAUAUACACACACACACACACACACACACACACACACACACACAAUAGGAAUAGAAAAACCUAAUUAGCAUGUAGACACACACACACAUAGAUUUCUUUCAGUUUGCAAAUCUGUCCUUCAGCUCUGGGACCACCACAUAAUCAAUUGGACAUGUUCAGGUAUGAAGCUGACAUCACAGCUCCCUAUAAUGUGGAUCAGGACCCCCCUCCCCCCACUUACACUAAAGCACCUACCUCCAGAGAAGAAGACACUACCUACACAUCCGAUGUAAACAAGACACUGGAUCAUCAAACUGUUGAGAGAGAGAGAAAAAAAAACAGAACAAAACCCACCUGCUUGUCUUCAUGGCAACGGUUGAACAUCUGGAUUGCGGAGGAGUGUGGUUAAAGACGUGCACUAUAUAUAUAUAGGACUCACUGAGCAGGUAUCAAAUAAUCCAACAACCUUCAGGAAAAACAAAUACAGAAAAAAAGAGAAGAAAGGACAAAGGAAGAGUUGUCCACAUGAGCUGCACCCACUCUGGGGACUAGAAAUCAUUGAUAAGUGAUGCCAAGGAAUCCACAUUCCCUGUUGUGCUUUGCUUUAGAACUCAGAUGUUUAAAGAGGAGUAAAUACUGGGCCUCAGAGUUCUUGAUAAUGGCUAUUCUUCAUUAAAUCUAUUUGAAUAAAUUUGAACAAAUGUAGAAUAAAGGGAGGUUAUGGGCUCUUCCUCUUCUCUCAGAGCCAUGUAUUAGUAGUAUUAAGUGGAGUUUUGAAAUAGUUGUUUAUAGGUUAGUCCUAGAUAGGAAAUCAGUGCGUAGUUGAGCUAGUGAAUGCGUUUAUUAUUCUGGUUCUUGACUGAGCACUAAAGAGAAAAGGAGCCAUGUACCAUGUGAGUGGAUGACUACACAAAUAUGACUGGCUCUGUUACAUUUCAGGAGUCUGCAGGUAAAACCGUUUGCUCUGAAGAACAGAUGAUCAUUAGUUUUUGAUGUGACGGGGUUCUAAACUCAUGUGGCACCAUUUUGUUUUCGACAACCUGCAGAUUCAUAUAAAAAAAAGAUUUAUUCUGCCAAAGUCUGUUCUUGCUUUAAAAGUACAUUGACAAACAUUAGCAACAGAAGAGUCUUCUCCACUUCCUACAGUGUUUGCUUUUGUUGUGUCCUUAAAGGGGAAGAAGUGUGUUUUUGUUUCGUUUACUGAGUUUAAAAGAGAUGAUGCUACUGUCAGGAGCAGACCAAGCCAACCUGCAUCUGUCAAACAGUAAAAAUAUUUUAAACAGUUUAUGAAAACUUCACUAAUGAACGUUUUAAUUUAUCGUUUUGUAGCUCCACUAUUUCUUAGUUUGUAGCUUCCUGGAGCCUCCACUGGUUGCCAGGCAACAUGUUUUAACUAAUGAAAAGUCUCCAACAACAGACGGCUGUUUUCGAGCUUUAAGUGUAUGGAUUAAAGAUUAGAGAAGUUAAAUAUGUGUUAAUCAGGGCGGUUUAAAAGGGCUGGACUGGGCAGUUUCCUGUGUGGCAUUAGCAGGAUGGAGCUGGUGUACACGAGUACCGUCUCUGCAAGACGCAAAUGAUGGCAGAAAUAUUCACUCAAUGUUUCCAUGGGUCUGCUCAGCCAACACCGGUUUGUUCUGCUGCGUGAGAAGGAUUAGAAAUUAGUGGCGACGACUCGCGAAUACCUGCUGAGCCCACCUGAGACGGCGACGUAGCGGUGGUUCAUUACUGUACAGCACAGAGGGAGACAAUAGGCCAAAGGGCAUCAGUUUCUGCUGAAAGUCAGUCAGCUGAUUAAUUUAGUCGAUGUACUGUUAAAAAUGCUGCAUUUAGUUUCUACAUGCGCCUAUAGAAGGGUGAACAUGGUGCUUCCUGUGGUUGCAUCACCUGGAUUCCUUCUUUCUUCUGGGACAUUAUGUGCUGGUCCCCUACUGAACCUCGCCUCACAUUCCAGUUGCCUGUUAAUCACAAGUUUUUUCGAGCUGAUACGGGAUCACAAGUCACACAAACCUUUCUGUGAACUGUUUCAUUCUCACAUCAUUGACUUCUGUUAGCGGAGGCCUUCAGUCCACUUAACGCAGCACUGUGAGACCCAUCACAAACUACAUUUGGCUUUAAAGUGGCUUGUUUUCUUUUGUUCAUUUGUCCAAAAACUGCUUGUGUGUAUUAAGUGAGAAAUUGUUUACAAUGUGGAAACAGAUUUUUGUUUUAAUUAAAUAAGUCAUUUGUUUUCAA